AUGCAGAAUACAGAGAUACUUGUCCACAUCUCUGCUCCCAGCGGGGCCAGGGAUGAUGCCAGGUAUCGCGCACAAGUCCAGGCAAUUCUCGGCUUCGAAGCUGUUUCGCGCUGCAAUGUAGCAGACUUGGAAGAAGAAGAAAGUGUCGCAGGAGCUGCAUCGUCUGUUAGAGAAGCUACGUCUGUCUCUUCCUCAACAAACCCGUCUGCAGGCCCGGGUCCCCCAGAAGCAAAUUCGGGAGAUGAAUUGCGAGGCGUACUCUCAGCGCAUUCAUCGCUUCAAAGUGGCACUUCUCCAAGCAGUCACAUGGAUGGUGCCCAGAACACCUUCAGCAGUCAUGGGGAGGAAAACGGGAUGUUCCGUCGUCCGCCAAAUACACCUGGAUCUACGAGUUCGGCUUGCGUUUUUUCAUCAUACCGCGCUGGACAUCACCGAGACUGCGCCCCAGCUCAAACCCACCAAAACAUGUCGCAAGGGGAUUCCUUUGGCAGUCCAAUCAGUGUCAUACCUGACUCGAACCCAGAGGAUGCUUUUCGGGAGGCUAAAGAUCUACUAGAAUCACCAGAUUGCAAGCGCUUGAGGUCCUCAGUUGACCAACCUUUUCCCGCAUCAAUGCGACCUGCGAGCUCCCAACUACCAUCCAUGAAUGACCCCAAGGCAAUCAAUAAGGACUCGACGCCUAUGGUAAGAGAGAAACAAGAAGACGACGACGACGACGACGACGACGACACCCUACCACCGGCGUCGGCUGCAACGGACGGAAGCAGUCGAAAUUCAACGCCCGUGAAGAAGCGGGAAUUAUAUAUACCAUUUCCUUCUCUUCCUCUACAAAUUUAUCCUCCCGCGCCCCCAGUCUCGACCAAACGCUUCGUAACUCACGUUACCCCAACGCUGAAAAUGCUGGAAGAACGCUUGAAACCUGCACGGACGUAUAAGCCGGUAAAACAGACCAGACAGCUUGACACUUUAGAACGAGGCUACUGGUUUCUUCGCAUCAACCUUACCCAGGGCAGAGAAUACACUACUGAAGAGAUUGCUCGAAAAGAAAACAAAGUUCUAUGCCCGGUGGCCAACGAGAACAGACACCAGAACCGGCCAGGAUGCUGCUCAUCCAAACAAGAUAUGGCCCAUGGGAGUGCCGGGACUGCAAGCCCCAAUUUCAAUGACUGGGAUAUUUCAUUCUUCGAUCGUUUCUGGACCUUCUUGUCUGACUUUAUUUCCAAGGAAGGCCGUGCCGGUUGGGGCGUGUGGUGUAUACUCGAGGAUGCUGUGCAGACUCCGGCACAUGCUGACAUAGAAGAACAAGUUCAGGAAAAGACGCAACUGGCACAAAGUAAAAGCAUAUCUCGGAAAGCUGCGGGAAAUGCAAGCUCAGCAAUUCCGGCCGAAGGAGACCCAGCAAGAAUGCAUCGGUCUCAUCAGAGUAGCAGCAGCAGCAAUGACGGCUAUGACACGCCAUCUCUGAAACCUCUAACCCUCAAAAUCUAUGCUUGGGGUGAGAUAGCAGUACACGUCUACCUCCUUCUAUUCCUUGCUAGUGAACGCCGGAUUCGCAAAAUGGGCGCCCAGUGGAGAGACAGUCGCGAGGAGGUUAUUAUUCAGAUGCCAUGA